GAGCGGCCAGCUGCCCCCCAGGGAGCCGAGCCCCGGCGCUGGCAGCGGCGCGGUGCUCCUGGGACAGACGGACGGACACGCCUCCCUGGGCUCGCCCCUUGCACGGGCAGGCAGAGCCGGCGGGGCCGGGGGGAGUUGCCGCGCUCAGCCCGUCCCGCAUGCGGGCAGCCAGGGGCAAAGAGGGCGCCAGCCUCGCCCGGCCACGGGGGGCGGCGCUGCUCGGCCUCCUGGCAGCCAGCGCCCUACUCGCCCUGGCCCUCCCGAGCUUCCCGGGCGCUGGCCCCUGCUGGGGGGCGAACGGGACGCGGGGCUGCCCCCGGCCUGCCAGGCGGCCUCCCCCGGCUCUGCUGGACGAGCUGAGCCGGAGGCAGCGGGACCUGCUGCGCUUGGCCACGUCUGCCGGGGACACGGAGCUGGGGCUGAGCCGCGGCGGCCGCCUGGGCUGCGGGGACCUGAGCCGCGUAACCGAGCUGGGCGUCGUGGGCUCCGGCUUCACCAAGCUGGUGCUGCGAGCGGCGCUGCCCGGGACCGGAGCCAUCGCCCUCAAGUCCGUGCACCGGGGGGGCAGCGACGUGAGCCGCUGCGUGCAGCGCUACGGGCACCCCGCCGGCUGCCACAGGCUGGCCAGCUACAAGCUGCUCAAGGAGGUGACCCUGCUGCAGCGCCUCGACCACCCCGGCGUCGUCAAGUUGCAUGGUCAGUGCUAUGAUAAUAGCUUAGAUCCUGAAAUAAGGGUCAUAGCUAUGCUGGAGCUGGGGUCCCCUCUGGAGAUGAUUCAGCUUCUGCAGACUCCCUGGGAGGAGAGAUUUAAAAUUUGCCUGAGUCUAGUGAAACUGCUGUUUUACCUGGCACAUUCCCCUCUGGGUUCAAUAGUCCUCUUGGAUUUCCAGCCAAGGCAGUUUGUUAUGGUGGAUGGAAACCUAAAAGUGACAGACAUGGACGAUGCCAGCACCGAGGAACUGUCAUGCAAGGAAGAUAAUGACUGCACACUAGACUUCCCUGGAAAAAGCUUCAUUCUCAAAUGUACUGCAGCUGGGAAAUGUGACGGACUAAAUGAAAAGAAGAAUCUUUUUAAUGCAUACCGGUAUUUUUUCACGUAUCUUUUGCCACACACUGCACCUUCUGCUUUGCGGCCCCUUCUGGGUGAUAUUCUGAACGCAACAGGUGAUUUACGAUAUGGAAUAAAUGAAACCCUAGGAGCUUUUGAAAAAGUUUUACAUUUGUACAAGUCUGGGCUAUAUCUACAGAAAAGGCUUCCUCUUUUAAAAGAAUACAUCACCCUAAAGGGAUUCCGAACCAUGGAAAUGCAUGACUAUAAAUGCUGGCCCUCCUACAGCCAUCUGGGAUGUUUGCUCUCCAUUUAUAAUGCAGAGGAAGCUGCAGCAAUCUGUAACUCUCAACCACAGUGCCAAAGUUUUAUUGUCACUCAACAGAGAACAUGGACAGGACGCCCACUCGCCUCAUUUCGAAGUAGCCUGACUGACUUAAUACCAGACGUCAAUGCUGUACUCUAUAUUAAACGAUCCGCUCCCUCGAGGGAAAGACUUUAAAAACAGUGAGAGCUCACAUAAAGUGAUUUGGGGAGGAGUCAUUGGGAAGAACAUCAUCUACCAAAAGGAAUGAUACUUUUUAUUUUGCUUUAGAUGCGAUCUCCAUACUAGCUUGGACUGUGUAAAAUGGUGGUGUCUGCUUGAUCAAAGCAGAGAUUAUCCAUAGCCAAAUGCUCUCCUCUACACAACCCCACAUGGUUGUUAACCUGUUCCCAGACUCUGCUGUUCCUUGUAAACAUUUGCAGUUUUAGUUCAAAUGCUGCAAUUUGCAGAACCUCGGCUUGCCGCUUUCGGAACUUGUCAGCGAAGGAAUAGAAAUGGCCAUGAGGUACUUGGCUGUAGUAGUCCUAGUUAGUUCAUCUGUCUUUGAAAAUCUAUGACUAAUGCACCGUUGACGAACAUACAACUCCCCAAUGAUGGGGCUGCCAAAAGGGAUUUAGUAACAUCAUAAAUGUAAAGAAUCCAUACAUUAGCGAUGAGGCCCAAGGUGCACUGUUUGGAUCCAGAGCCAUGGUUUUGGAUCUGCCCAUGGGGGUGGGAGGCAGGAGGUCUAGGUAUGCAGUUCAGAAUGCGGGGUUUGGGUUCAGUCCAUUGUGCAGGGUAAGGGGGUAGGCGUGUGGUUCAGAAUGCAGGGUUUGGGUUCAGCCUAUUGCGGGGGAGGAGGUAUGCAGUUCAGAUCCAGGGUUUUGGUUCAGCCCAUUACAGGGCAGGGGAGCAGAUGUGCAGUUCAAAUCCAGAUGCAAAGUUUGGGAUGUUUGGAUGCAGGGUUUGGGUUUGACGUGUGCGUUUUAAAACACCUGUUCCCUUGUAUCAACCUUGAAGGUUGUUCAGUGUUACUUUCAGUGAAAGAAAUUCUGCUGAGCAAAAUGUUCAAAAUAUUUGUCUGAAGUUCUAUUCUGUAUGGUAAAGAACUGCUACUUUCCUCUUGACAAUGAGGUGAAGGGGGAGGGUUGUUCUGUUGCUUUGAAGAGAUAAUAUAUUGCAUGGGCUCUCUGGGCUGAGUUCCUCUGAAAAGGCUUCAGGAUUUCUAUGCAUUUUAAACUGCAAUAAAUGGAGACAUACCCAACAUUGUGCCUGGACAGGAAUGACUGGGAGUACAGCACUGCCUGUUCUUUUUUCCGGACCAUUUUGUGGUCCAGUUCAGGAAAGCCAAAUCACAAUGUGCCUUAACCCCCAUCUGCAGAGGAACUUCCCUCAACUGAGAGCCCCAAGCACUGUGCAUAGAGCGGGACCACGCAGUCCGUGUGCGCUAUGGAGUAGGCCUUCACGGGGGUUCUCUGCACUGCUGUGAAGAAGGUAUGUUUUGGACAUGACCAAGGAUUUCAUGCCAUCUAAUGGUGAGUGUGCAGGGAGCAGUAAGACCAUAUUGGCUACUCAAUCCCCAUACUCUCAUUACCCUGCAGUGGCCAGCUGUAGGCCACAAGGGGCCACAUCCAGGACUGGCUCACGUCAGCUGAUGCGGGGCUAUAAAAUUGCACUAUGGGUGUUUGGGCUUUCUCCAGCCCAAGCCCAAAUGUCUCCAGUGCAAUUUUGUAGCUCUGCGAGCCCAAGUCUGCUUACAUGGGCCAGCCGCGGGUGUUUUAUUGGAGUGUGGACAUACCCGAUUGGGGUCUGGCUACCCCAGAGUGAGAUUCCUGAGCAUUUGCCUCAGGCUGUGCUGUGUCCCAUGCUAUUAUGUGUUUCCUAAUGUAGCUGCUCACCUGUUAGCUCAUUAGUGCUCCUAGGGUUACCAUCCAUCCAUAUUUCCCCGGACAUGUCC